AUGUCAUGGUUUCAUGAAGAUGCUUUCGAUGCUUCUUCAAUUAGCUAUGAAGUCGAAUUACCAGAACAGGGUCUACUAGAAACGAUUAUUUAUCGAAAUUAUCCCCCUUGGCAUCUAGAGAUUGAUUUAUUGCCAACGCGAACGUCAAUCAUUCGAAGUAUUCGACCGAUCGAGAAAUCGACGUCAAAUCUGUAUCAAGGGAUGAAAGAGAGUGAAGAAAGCGAGAAAAAGACGAAUCAACCGGUUGAGAUUAUCAGUUAUCGGCGAGUGGAUGGAGAGGAGGGGAAAGUCAGGGAGAAUGGAGGGAAAGCGCCGCGCAGACACCGAAUCGCUACACACCAGCUGCCGAUUGUGAUCCCGCCAAAGAUACGCGUCGCACGGGACAUUCGCGAGAUUCGCGUACAGAAUUGUAAAUUGUCGCGCGACUCGCCGACCUCACUCUUGUCAUCAAUCUCAUCGACGCCUAGUCCACAAAUGAUUGACACAGAUUUGUUGAUCCCUUCACCCGAUCGACUCACCAUCUUCCCAAAUGUGCCUCAAACACCGCAAACUCCGAACGCACAUCCAUACACGCCAAAUGGUCGUGGUUUCGUGGGUACAACCCCAUCGCCUCAUCAUUUCCCAACGGGUGAUAUGCGCUCUCCAUUAAUGUCUCCACCGCAAGCAACUAUCAGCAGACCGCUUAGCUCUGCUGAUAUGACGAUGAAUCCACAAAUCCGCUUGCCCGGCCCGAUUCCACCGCAAUUCACUGUCCGCGAUCCAAACAUAAACAUACCCCCCGAUUUGUGCUUCGUUGGCUGUUGCAUUCAAAUGGUCGACAGUGAUAAGUACACCACUGAUAAAUCCGAUAUGCAGAACAUCGCGAAUACGAUUAAACUCUUAGGUGGGGACGUUGAUUUCGGGAUGAAAUCUUUCAACGAAAAGCUAAACGUGAUCACACAUGUGGUGAUCGACACGGCGAGACCCUCAAAUCAACAAAUGGAAACGAUUCUUUAUCAGCAAGCGAUCCCGUUGAAACGUCGAAUCGUUUCAAUGCAAUGGUUGGUGGACGCGAUCGCUCAGAAACGAAUGGACGUUCCAUGGAAAGCGGCACAUCUGCCAACAUUUUGGAGGGACAUACAACGGCCACACGUUGGAAAGGUGUUCGCUUUUGCUGGCUUUGAGCCUGAAGAGCGAAUCUCAUUGAAGUUUAUGGUUGAAUCAAUUGGUGGUCGAGCGACUCCAUAUUUAUCCAGUCAACACAGUUUACUCAUCGCUAAAACUGACUCUGGAGGUAAAGUUGAGAAAGCUCGCGAGUGGAACAUUCCAAUCGUCAACUACAAUUGGUUACAAGAUGUGUACUUUGGUAAAAAUAAUAACGUCGAUCUUCCCCAGUACCAAUUGGGCGCUCCUUGCUCCGAAGUAAACACAACCGGUUAUGCCCUUGACGCACUAGGGGAUUUUAACAAAAAUUUCCUAUUGGGUUGGCGCUAUCCGCUUCUAUUCGAUCAGCAGAUUUUCCAACGUGCACAAACGGUGAAGCACGAGCUGGAAAAAGACGCGAACGUUUUCCCAAACAUGAGAUACAAGGAGAUGUUUAAAAAUGCGCCCACCGAGGAGCAAGUUGACGAGGCGAUUGCACGAAGGAAGAACAACGAUCAGCUAGAUCGGCGUUUCGUUCCGCGUUUCUCGAUCGCUGGUUUUGAUGACGAUUUGGCGCUAGCGAUGAGUAUGAAAAUCCGUUAUUUGGGUGGUGUGAUGGUGGUGGAUGUCGCGAAGUGUACCCAUUUUGUGACACUAAACGGCAAGAGAACUCUAUCAUUGCUAAAGGCAAUCUCCGUUGGCGCUUUCGUUGUCCGACCCGAGUAUAUCGCCGCCUCGUAUGAGGCCCGUUGUUGGCAAGAUUCGAUAAACUUUAUGAUGAAAGACGAUGAAUCGGAGAGAUUGUACGGGUUUAACUUGAAGACAAGUAUUCUCAAAGCAAGGAGGAGAAAGGUUUUCGAGAAGAUACGUUUCUUUAUUACUCCAUCAGUCGAUCCGGCUCGCCUGGUGCUAAAGAGAAUGAUUGAAGUGGCUGGUGGUGAGGUGGACGAUGAGAAACCUGAUGUAGAAGAGGUGAUGAAACGAGUGGACCUUGAUGAGCCGUAUAUUGUGAUUGGAGCUGAAGCCGAUCUUCGACUCGUUUUUUAUCUACUUGAGUGUAAUAUACCUGUUUACUCGCCCGAGUUGAUCCUUCAAUCGCUCGUCCGGCAAGAGUUUGAUGCAUCCCCAUCGCUUCGUGUAAUCUAUCCACGAUCCGUUCCACCGGUUCCACAAUCUUCCACUUCAUCUCAAUCAACAAAUCAAUUCCAACGCCCACCCCCACCCACAUCAGCUACUCCACAACAACCACAAACAACAACCAUCUCGAAUUUGCCACAACGACCCUCACAAAGUGCCCAUAUGACAGCAGCACCUGUUAGAGGC